AUGGGGGCUGGCGCAAACAUCGGCAUGACCGACAAAGAUGGCAGGACUGCUCUGAGUUGGGCAUCUUCCACUGGCCAUGUUAAGGCUGCAGAGUUGUUGUUGGAGGCUGGUGCAGCCAAGAAUGCGAUGGACCAUCAACUGAACUCGUCUCUUAUAUGGGCUGCUGCAAACGGGCAUGUGGAGAUUCUGCGCCUGCUGUUGGAAGUUGGUGCAGCACAAAACUGCAAGGACCAACAUGGCAGGACGGCGUUGAUGCGGGCAGCUGCAAAUGGCCGUGCAGAGGCUGUGCGCUUGCUGUUGGAAGCAGCAGCCGACUCGGAGCUUACGGACCUACAAGGCAGAACAGCUCUGAUGUUGGCAAGUGCCAAGGGCCACGGCGAUGUGGUGCGCAUUCUUUCAGAACAAAAGCAGGCAUCAUCCCAGAAAGUCGUCCGAUAA